UAAGCAGAUAUUUAUGCUGCGGAAAAUGCACACACAGUUUGCAUUAAUUGUUCGAGAAAAAUGGACUUCACUAGCGAUUACGCGCAUCGGCGUAUGGUGAAAUUCCUGACGAUCACGCUGAUUGUUUUUAUGACCGCCUUUGGACUCCUGGCCAAUCGAUAUCGCCCGGGCCGUCGUGAGAGAUUCCGCUUCUCAAAGGCCUAUCUGGCCUUCGCUUCGCUGUGGACAAUUGCAUUCAGCUUCAUUUACGGACGGGAGAUCUACAAGGACUACCAGCAGGGCCAGAUCAACCUGAAGGACGCCACCACCUUGUACAGCUAUAUGAACAUCAUAGUGGCUGUUAUUAACUAUGUGACACAGAUGAUAAUCAGUGACCAUGUGGCCAAAAUGAUGAGCAGAGUGCCCUUCUUUGACACCCUAAAAACACUACGUCUUGACAGCAGGUCGCUGUACAAAUCCAUAGCUUUGGCCCUGGUCAAGACUCUUGUUUUUCCCCUGACAAUUGAAGUGGCUCUUAUACUGCAACAGAGGCGGCAACAUCCCGAGAUCAGCUUGAUCUGGACCUUGUACCGGUUGUUUCCAUUGAUUAUUUCCAAUCUUCUGAACAACUGCUACUUUGGGGCAAUGGUGGUGGUGAAGGAGAUGCUGUACGCUCUGAACAGACGACUGGCACAGCUGCAGGAGGUGAAUUUGCUGCAGAGGAAGGACCAGCUUAAGUUGUACACUAAAUACUAUCGCAUGCAGCGAUUUUGCGCCUUGGCGGAUGAACUGGACCAGCUGGCUUAUCGCUAUAGAUUAAUAUAUGUGCACUCCGGAAAGUAUCUGUCUCCAAUGUCCUUGUCCAUUAUUCUGUCACUCGUCUGCAACCUGCUCGGUAUAACGGUGGGCUUCUACAGUCUGUACUACGCCAUAGCGGACACCUUCAUCAUGGGCAAGCCGUACGAUGGACUUGGAUCGCUGAUCAAUCUGGUUUUCCUGUCCAUCUCGUUGGCGGAGAUCACAUUGCUCUCGCAUUUGUGCAACCACCUGUUGGUGGCCACCCGAAAAUCGGCAGUUAUCCUCCAGGAGAUGAAUCUGCAGUUUGCUGACUGUCGCUAUCGUCAGGCAGUCCAUAACUUCACCAUGUUGGUCACGGUGACCAAGUACCAGAUUAAGCCCUUGGGCUUGUACGAACUGGACAUGCGACUGAUCAGCAAUGUCUUCUCGGCCGUGGCCAGUUUUCUGCUGAUCCUCGUGCAGGCCGAUCUGUACCAGCGCUUCAAGAUGUACUAACUUAUCGAUGUCACCCACCUGGCUGAACUGCAUCAGAUUCCCGGACUGUGGUGAAUAAUAUUAAAAAAUUAGCAUGUUAUAGUUUUGCAGAUUGCCAGGGCAACUCACGUUUAAUCCCUGCAAAAAGGCCAUGGGCUCCGUGGUCCUUGAAGGAUAAAAACAGUGAGAGUUAGCAACAAGAGAAACCACCUGUGACCAGGUACCCACAAUUCCGAUCCCGAUACCGCCACCGUUUGUUCAAUGUCCUCCUUCAUAUCCUCCACUGUGGAGUCGGCCGAUCCCAAGGAGGCUUCGUUGGCCACCUGAACGUCAUCCUCGGAAUCGGUGCUGCAGUGUAAAUUGAAAUAAAACUUAGUAACAAACUGCGCCUUGGCCGAAUGAACAAACACAAACAAGUUGGUCGCGUGAAUGAUGCAAGUACAAGCGUGUUGCUACAUGCAUGGUUUGUAUGGUUUGAUCUUCAGUUUGUGGCCGCACUGUACCUGACUUUGUGCCACGACAUUGGCUGUGAUAUAUACAUGCCUAUCAGCUAUAUCUGAUCAAGCGAUCGGUCGGGGAAGGAGGCUAAAUAUUAGAAUAAAUUCGCUAAAAACUACCGAAUCGUAUGGCCACUGACGAUUUAGAUUUUGGUAUUCGCCACGCAACGCAAACUAUCGUAGCAGCCGAUGUUUAUCGAAUCGAGCGCGUGUUUUGAAUUUUCUCACCCCUUGUGGCAGAUGAAUUUGUUGCAUGCAUUCGAAUUAUUAUUGGCAUCGGAAUUAUUGUUGCCUGAGUUUUCCAGAUUGUUAGUAAGCUGCGCCAUGUUGCAUUCUCCAGAGGCUUGCUCCCCAUGCAUCAUCUGGUUGGGAUCCCCGUUGGCCCCGAAACUGGGCGGCAUGUUGGAACCUCCGCUGUUGGAGAAUCGAGCUGUUGGCUCUGCGAAGAUUUCGUUCCCGACAUCCCACAAAUCCAGAAACUCCCCGUAAGCUCCAAAAAUUGUGCGACUAUUGGUACGCGAAACAAUCGAAGUGUUUCUGAAAAAACGUGCAUUAUUUGGUUGGGUAAGUCCGAAAAUAGUAGCUCCUCUUACUGGUUAAAAGUCAAGCUAAACGACGAGGACCUUUGGAGACUCAUGGCUGGGCAUUCAAUUAAAUAAACUUUUUUUAGCAGUUGCGUGCUUUUUUGCAAAAAGUUGGCGUGCUCCAGAGUUGUCGACUAUCCGCAAUUUGGGUGCUUUGAUGGGCCCUCAGCACAUGAAUCACUAUCGAUGAGCUAUCGAUUGAGACUAUGCUGCGAACGAACAGUGAUGCCCAUAAUGCGGCAGGUUUGAAUUUCUGGUUCGAAAGUUGUUCAAUACUUUAAUCUGUUUAUUAGUUUGCAAAUUACAUGCCACAAACAACCAAUUGGUUUCACAGCAUAGCCCCUUGAAUGGUCGACCAAAACACCGUAAGAUUUGCGACUCCUAAAAGGAAUAUAAUAAUUUAACUUUUAUUCGUUGUUUAAUUUCCGAUUUAAGCCAAAUUAGCAUAUUUAAAUUAAAACACUUGAAUUAUACAAUGCUUAGGCAGCUAUGGCGUACAGAUAUAUUUACAGUUCUAAGAAUGUACAAGAAGCGCUACUGGCACAAAAGUCUUUCUCUACAGCAGACAUAUGAUAAUGCAGCUUUAAUAUUUCUCAGCC